CAGAUCCUGGCGAGGUCCGCCCAUUUGUUUGGUACACGCAACGGACAGCAAGACAACGCAUCUUUUCUGUCAUCCCCAUAAAUGUCUAAGAACUUCCUCCGUAGCCUCUUCGGCUCAAGCCAUGACGGCUCAAGCAAUUCUGGAGCAAGCCAUUUGGGUUCAGGCCAUUUGGCGUUCGCUUGCAGAGGGCUGGUGAGUUCGGGGAGAUCCGACGCUUGCGCCUGCGGCCAGGUGUGGCGGGCAUGCCUCCGGACACGCAGACAAUGCAGCACCGACUCCUCACCGAAGAAGACGACGAGGGCCCUCCACGCAGCCCGUGGCCCGGAGGUGGGCCCCGAGUUCUCGGUGCGGCCUUCGCCGCCGCCGUGCUCCUCGGGGCUGGGUCCGCGGCUGCGGCGGGCGCCCGGCGAGGAGCCACUGGCUCCGGCGGCCCCCUUGGGUUGGCUGCGGCCGGUCGGAGGCCGGAGGUCACCGAGCGCGUUCCACCACUCGCAAGGUGCCUACUCGCAAGCGUCCGACAACAGGAGGCAUGUCUUCCUCCAGGUUCUGGAUCGCAGAUCCCCCGGGGCGGAUCCAGGCCAUUUGCGAGUGGUUACUCUGCGAGUAGCGGAGCGCGCUUGGCAAAGAGGUGAGCACCGCCAUGGGGAGGCUCUUAGGAAUCCAGGAAGGUGGAGUCCACGUCUUCCGCGGGAUCCCGUUCGCUGCCGCUCCCGUGGGCGAAGGCCGCUGGCGGCCCCCGCAGCCUGCACGGCCGUGGGCGCCAGGCACGCUGGAUGCCUCGAGGUACGGCCACAGCUGCAUGCAGGAAGAUGUGCCGUACGCCUCUGCGAGCAGCAGCGAGGACUGUCUCUAUUUGAAUGUCUACGCUCCGCCAUGGCUCCACGGCAGCACCGGGCUUCCGUGCAUGAUAUGGGUCCACGGCGGUGGUUUCGUAUUAGGCGCCGCGUCGGACGGGUACUAUCACGCCACCGACCUGGUGAAGUUCUACAUGGCGAGUGGGCAGCCUGCAGUGGUCAUAACCACGAACUAUCGCCUAGGUAUCUUCGGGUUCCUGGGUGGUGACCAGCUCCGCCAGAGGGAUCCAGAAAGUGGCUCGACUGGAAACUACGGUCUACAGGACCAGCGCGCAGCCUUCAAAUGGGUGCAAGAUCAUAUUGCUGCCUUCGGGGGGGACCCGAAGCGUGUGAUGGUCUUUGGAGAGUCUGCUGGCGCUGCGAGUAUUUCAUGCCACCUUGCCAUGCCGCGCUCCUGGGGCCUCUUCUCCAGCGUUGCGAUGGAAUCCGGAGCCUUUGCGAUAUGGGCAGCGAACCCUGGGGAAGUGGCAGAAGACGUCUACCAGCAGGUCUUGCGCAACACAAGCUGCUCCAAUGCCAGCUGCCUUGUUUCUCUGUCAACGCAGGAAGUUAUUGCUGCCAUGGGGCCAGACGUGGUUGACUAUUUCUUCAGUCGGCAUGCGCCAACAAUUGAUGGCGUCGAGCUCGUUGCCCACCCUAUGGAACUAGCCCGAGCCCACAGACUUAGCAGUGUGCCGGUUCUGCUCGGUGGCAACAGAGAUGAAGGGUUCAUGUUCACAGCUUUGCCUAUGCGUUCAGAUAAGGAGCAGUUGUUCGAUUACAUUGAAAACGAGCAAGGCUUCGCUAGAUAUUUGCCCAGAGAGUAUGUGGAGGCCACCAUUUCGAAAUACCUCCGCACUGAAGUGCACCCACAGAUACCGGAUGUCAGCCAUGAGUUUUGGGUUGCAGAACGCAUCCUUGGCGACACGACGAUGACUUGCGCUAUGACUUUGGCCUCGCACCUUCUGGAAACAGGUGGGAAUCGUGUCUACAGAUACAUCUACAGCCACGAGGCUUCCCAACGUCCACUGCCAUUUGUCGAGCAUUUCGACGAAGUCCAGUUUGUUUUUGCGCAUACAAGCCACAUGAACAACGAGGAGCGUGAGCUGUCACAGCAAAUUGCCUCGUACUGGUACCGUCAUGCAGCGUAUGGUAGCCCUGAUUGCAAGACAGCUCACGGCCCCGAGCUCGUGAGUUGGCCAGAAUCGUCGGUUGGUUACUUGCAGUUGGAUGUUGCUCGCAGAGGUGGGAUUCGAGUAGUUACCUCGCCAUGGAGGGUCUGGCAGUGUGAUUUCUCUCGGAAGCUCACCGACGCUGUGCUUAAAGUCUUGGAGCCAGCGCACUAGCCAGUCAGACGGAGGGGCGGCGCGUGCCAUGGCAUGGCUCUGAUCGGGAGCAGGAUCGCGAGACGAGCAGACAGAUUGACCAAUUGUAGACUGGCGAAGGACCGAUCCCUACGCAGCUGCGAGUAGAGUAGGGUAAUAAGCACCCUCUCCUCACAGGCGGCGCGCCGCGAAGGGGAUGGAGCUCGGGGUGGUGCGGACGGGGGCCCGGCGAACCAGGCGCGCAGAGGCGAGCUGAGGCAGCCCCGUUCGUCGAGUCAGAAAAGGAGUAAGGGGCUCCUCCUUCUACUCAUGAUUAUCGUGCCAUUCCUGGAACUCCCCUCUCCUCCUC